AUGGUUCUAUCAUUUUUCUAGUGUGCUUAUAUUGAACUUUUUAAUAAGCAGGAUGCCAAACCGCGAACAGUUAUUGCAUUGUGGAAAGUCAAUCUGGAAGAACCAAAGUUACACCAGUCUGAUCCAUCAGUUGUGAUUCAUGAUAACUCCACAAAAACACGCAUCAAACUUGCAGCUGCAGUUGAGAAUGACAAGCAACAACUUCAGUUGUUUUGCAAUGCAUGCAAAGGAAUACCACAGGCUUGUCCUGCGUUUUUGGGUAACAACCAACCCCCGGUUGCUCCAGCAAGUGCACCACCAGCUGCAGAAGAUUUAGAGUUGGCCAUGGCUAUUAGUGCCUCCAUGCAGUCUGCUUUGCAGGAGAGACCAUCCUUUCCUAAUCCGCACCCUACCUAUGAAGCAAGUUCAUCCAGUAGUGAUAAUGGUUGGGCCGGAGCCUCCACAAGAACUGACAGUUACAAUGGUGGUGGUGCACCAACUGCAGCUGCUGCUUCAAAAGUAAGUAGCGGCGAGUGGUCAGGGACUCAGAGUAAUGAAGUUGGAGAGUCAUCUCAGCAGGUGGAAAUCCAGGAUACCUCUUCCGUCCAAACAGCUCCUACUUCAGAUAUAAUCCCAUCAGCCCCACCGGUUGCAGAUGAUAGUCUAGAUGCAGCUCCUGUUCACUAUCCAUCAAUUGAUUUCAGUCCUAUUGAUAUCCCAUCCCCAAGCCUUGAAAGCACACCUGCUAAAAUUGAUGAGAAGAAAGGUGAAAGCGGUUCAUGCGUGAUUUGUUUGGAUGCUCCAGCUGAAGGAGCUUGCAUCCCAUGUGGACAUAUGGCUGGAUGCAUGUCCUGUUUGAAGGAGAUUACAGGUAAGAAAUGGGGUUGCCCCGUCUGUCGAGCCAAGAUAGACCAAGUUAUAAGGCUUUAUGCUGUGUGAAGUGAUCCGUAAUAUAUUGAAGUUCGACAUUGUUACUGCAAACAGCUUGAUGAAUAUUGUUUUGUUUGUAUCGUAGUAUAUGUACUUGGAUGAAGUUUGUUUUUUUUGUACAUGUUGCCACAUAUUAAUUACCUUUCACCAUGUUUUCUUAA